AUGUCCAAGUUCUUCAAGAAAUCUUUUUAUUAUUUAAAGCCUGAUAUACUGCUGGUAAUGGGGGAUGUUUCGGCGAGAGGAUCGACAUUGACAAGGGGUAAAUGGGUAUCAGUGUUACAUCAGUUUCAUCGAGUGUUAGGGCCAUUUAUUGAGCUUCCAUUUCAUGUUGUUCUUGGUGAUAGGGAUGUUGGAGGGUGUAGCGGGCUCGAUGCGAAUUCUGUUUAUUGGAUAGCUAGGAGUUUUCCGGGGUUAGAUUCAUCUGGUUGUGGUGCGUUUGAUAUUGACAAUGUUAGUUUUGUUUCGCUUAAUGCGGUUGCAUUGCUUUGUGGUAAUAAUAAGUUAAGGUUUAGUGUUGAGAAGGCAGUGGAGAUGGAAAGAAUAGGUUCAUGGAUGGAAACGGAGAAAGAAAUGGAUGAUUAUGGAGAAUUUACGAAAAUGUCUGAUGCUUUUGGGAGGAGAGAGAAUGCAGUGUCAUCUGGAUUGGGUCCUGUCCUCUUGCUUCAUUUUCCCUUGCAUCGGGCAGCAAAUGGUGGUUGUAAGGAAAGGAAUAUUGUUAGAAAAGCUCACGUGCCUUUAGGACAGGGCUUGAAUGCGUUAGAGAGUAGCAGGGGAUUUACUGGUGCUGGAUCCUAUGAUUUAUUGCAUACAAUCCCUCCAAAUGCUACUGAAUACAUAUUUCAGGCUCUUAAACCAAGGAUAGUUUUCAGUGCACAUACGCAUGAAUUUUGUGAUCACACACACUCAGAUGGGACACGUGAGAUAACUGUUCCUGCAAUGACAUGGAAAGCAAGGGAUGACCCUGGCUUUGUUUUUGCCACUUUCAGAAGUGGUGGAAAUGCUGUAAGUGUCAGCUACUGUUCCCUUGCUAGGGAAUCUCAUGUAUUAAUAGCAUACACUUUGAUUUUGCUUCUGUUACUUGUGUCAUGCUUAUGGUUGGUUCAUACAACUGGAUCAGGAUACCAUGGAGCAUUGUUUAACAUGGUUCUGUGUCAACUAUUUACUCUCUCCCUGCAUGCUUUGGAAUCCAACCAACAUCUUUCCACUUCGGAGCUUUGCUCAGGUAUUGAUUCUUUAAAGCCAGGGAAUUUUGUGGACGUUGGGGAUGAGUAG